ACCAGCUUGUAAUUUGUUUGUAUAAUUUCAUCGGAACGUGAAAGUCUGUAAUACCGAUUGUUCGUUUAUACAUCUUUAUAUCUACAAGACGCCAGGCCAAAUCAUUCCUGAUCGAGGCACGAGCAUAUCCGUAAUAAUAUACACACAAAUCUCGAAGUUCUUGUGUUUUUAGUCGAAAAAUCGUCUCUACGAAGUCCGCCAUCGCCGCUGUCACAAUCGUCGUCGUCGUUGUCGUCGUCUCCGGUACACGAAGAAAUUUAGCAUUGCAAUUGCGUUGCUACCCCCUUGAAAGUGUCGUGUAUCAAGCAGCGAUGGCGGAUAGCCGCAGCAAACCAGCAGCAGCAUCAGCAGCAGUUCAGGAGGCGGAGGAGUUCGGCGAGAAGCCCGUGUCGAUGAAGUGCCCGCUCUGUCACGAGAACAUCGUAACGCAGGUCGAUAAGGUGGCGACUUGCAAGUACGCGCUGCUGGCCACACUCUCUUGUCUCCUUUGCGUUUGGGUAUGCUGCCUGCAGAAUCUGCUGCUCUGCCGCGGCAUGAUGGUGAACGAGCACACCUGCCCCAUGUGCAAGGAGGUCAUAGCCGUGGUGCCGGCCGAGCCCGUGCCGAUGCGCGAAGUCUGCGACGACGUGCUAGUGGAUUGUUUCUAGGUUGUCGAUAAGCAGCAUCCCCAAACAAACGAAGUGAGUGCAACAAUCAAUGCUCUUAUGACGAAUACACUCUUCAAAGAUUUGCAUUUUAUUCAGAUAAAAGUUAUUAUGAAAAAGUUCGAUUCUUGGAAAAUGUUUUUUUUUCACAAUUUAUUAAAAACAAAUUACUGAAUCAACAACAGUUUAUUUGGAUCAAUUAAUCAUUUUUU